AUGGCAGGCGAGCAAACGUCAACUGCUGCAAACAGGCCAAGCUGUCGCUUUUGUUUUCCGGAUCCUGAUCCCGAUCCCUGCAGCAGCGCCAUCAAAGUCGACGAUGUCACCCGCAUGAAUUGUACAGCUGUGGGUGGUAUCGUGUAUGUGCGCAGUGCUGACGACAUCAAGCAUUCCCUGGCAAAGGCUAGAGCAGAAGGAAGGCGAGUGGCUGUAAGAGGGACUAAACACUCAAUGGGAGGCCAGUGCAUGGCCGAAGACAGCAUUGUCAUCGACAUGACCAAAAUGUGUCGUAUGCAUUUCGACAGCGAAGCUGAAACUGUCGUGUGCGAGUGCGGAUGCACCUGGGCGGAUCUGAUCCUCUUCCUGAAUCACUUCGGCAUGUCACCUCGCACAAUGCAGAGUUACUCAACGUUCUCAGUGGGUGGAACUCUGGCAGUGAAUGGUCAUGGCAUCACCACCGACUUCAGCCUGUCCGAGUGCGUGGAAUCCUUCCGCCUGAUCAAGGCUGAUGGCCAAGAAGUUGCUUGCUCCCGUGGGGCUGACGGAGAAGCAGGUGAGCUGUUCAAGCUUGCUCUUGGAGGGUACGGCCUUUUCGGCGUCAUGUGGGAGGUGACCAUGCGAGUCGACCGGAAUAGUCGCAUGGACAUGGAGGCAUUGCAUCUGAGAGCGGGCGAAUUUACUCGAUACUUUGCUGCAGCGCAAGCAUCGGGGGAUGUUGUCAUGAAGCUAGCACGGCUCAACAUCCUCGACACAAACAACAUUGACUUCUUCAUUUUCCGAAGAAGCCACGAUGAGCAAAUUAGGUUGGUCUCAAAGUUGGACACGAAACCGCGAGAGAUGUCCUGGCAGUCGAGGUUGAUGUACAAGUGGCUCAUGCCUGUCAUGAAGGAGGUUCGGUAUGCCAUCGAAAAGAAGUCCGGGACAGCUCUUGACUGGGGCAAUGAGACUGAGCGCAACCACAUGCUUCACGAAAGCGCCGUGCCAAUUUCACAGCUCUACGAACCACUUUUUCAAGUUGAUGAUACAUUCUUGCUUCAGGAGUACUUCUGCCCUCGCAGUCAGUUUGAGUCUUGGAUCAGCAGAACCAGGCCAAUCUACAAAAAGCUGUCUGCGACCACGGAGGUAGUUUUGUUGAACACCACCAUCCGGUUUGUAGAGAAGGACAUGGACACGUUUCUUCCUUAUGCCCAACACGAGGAAGGCAUGUUUGCCUUCGUUCUAUACUAUCGCCUACCAAGAACUGCUUCGGCAGAUGCAAAGAUGCAAGAGUUUCAUGAUUUGUUCGUGAAAGAGACUCUGGCGCUGAAAGGCAGCUUCUAUUUGCCGUAUCGCUGUCACUAUAGCCAUGAGCAGCUUGAAGAAGCGUACCCUCAGAUAAAGGAUUUCUUCAUGAAGAAGGAGAUGUAUGACCCCCUUGGUCUGUUUGACAACUUGUGGUUCAGGCACUACGGCUCCAAAUACUUGUCAGAACACUAUCACGCAUCACUGUCGCAACCGGUUGCUACAUCUACUUCGAUGCCAAGUGGGCGAACAUCAGGACUAUAUGUGCCCCAAGUGCCAAGUCGUCGUGCCAAUGCCUUCCGUGACUUGUUGUCCAACCCCUUUCUGCGCCGGAACUUCAAAGACGGCUUCUUGACUCAGAUUUUCAAUGUAAUGGAUAAUGAAGCGCUCUUUCGAAUGAUGGUCAAGGCUGCACGAGAUCCUGAGAAUCGAGAUGACAUUGAGAUCUAUCGUGCUAUGCAGAGGCAGCUGCGCGAGUCCGGUGGUGUUGUGACAUCUGGGAGACAAAUGUGGAAGCAGCUGAAUCAAGUAUCGGCCCAAAAAGCUGAGUUGACACGAGAAGUUUGCUCAAUUGUGUCGCAUCUUGGCAAGUUUGGGCAGUUGCAAGACCUUCUUUCGAUCGGAGAUCCUGGCCGCACAGUGCUUUCCCUACGCAAGGCUUUGCACAUGCAGGGGCAAUGCUGGGUUGCCCACGACACAUUUUCUGAUGACCUUCCUGCCGUGAUCGAACGCGGAUCCCUGGAUCCGGUGGGUGCUGAAGUGCACUGGCAGCUGAUGGAAGCAGGUCCUUUUAAGGAGGUACCGGACAACUCCACGGACUUAGUGACAAUGAUGCAAGGCCUUCAUCACAUACCCCAGCAGCACUUGCCUCGAUUCUUGACAGAAGUGGUUCGUGUGCUACGUCCAGGAGGUCUCUUUAUUGUUCGCGAGCACGAUGCCUCACCUUCCUUGAUGCCCAUGUUAGACUUGGCCCACAGUGUGUUCAAUGCCGUCAUGGGCGUCACUGACAAGGAGGAGGAAAUGGAACUUAGAGCAUUUAGACCUUUGUCAGAGUGGAGGAAGAUUCUGGAGAGCACCGGCCUGGAGGAUUCCAUGUUAUUCGAGAUGGAACCAUAUGACCCCACGGUGGACGAAAUGAUGUGUUUUUACAAACCGCCUUUGCAUUUUGAGUCUGCCCCGAGACCGGUGCCUUCCUUGGCCGAAUCACCUUCGGCAGUUCAACUCCCAGAGGCCGUGGCAUCAUUUAUGGAAGCAGCUCCUCAGGUUUUGCUGCGAGGAGUCUUGGAUGCCAUUGAUGGAAUCCUCAACACGCUGCCCACGGCGGUGGCCAUCUUCAAAGAGCGGAUGAAGGCAUUCAGCAGUGGCCAGCAGUUGAUAGCACAAUCUUUGGUGGACCAAGCAGCUGAACCUAUACUCAAAAUCCUGCGAAAUUUGCGGCCACUGGUGGAACAUGUGGACUUCACAGGGCCGGCAGAUUCCGGCCUUGGUACUUUGGUUCCCUCUGAAGUCUUGUUGUUGGUACCCGCGCUGAUGCAGAAAGUUCAGAAUGGCAAAGCAAGUGCGAAUGAGAUGUUUGCAGCAGCGGUGAUCAAGGACAUCCUGGACACAUUUCAGGGCCAGAAGGUGGACAGCCAGAAGACCCAGGAGGUGGCUGUUUCAGUCACGAAGGAGGAGGUUGAAGGGCUGCUCCGGAAGCUUCUCGAAGCAUUUCCUCAAUUUGAAGAGGCCAGUGCACUGGAGGCAAUGGGUUUCCCGAAGCGAGCUACACAGGUAUUCCUUUCCAAGAUGGGCAGUGUCUCCAGCGUUGGUACAGUGGCCGACCUUUUGUCUACUUAUCUGGACGAGGAAGCGUGGAUUGAGCUCAGAGCUGCAUUGCUCGAGGCCGUUCACGAUCGUGUAUCUCCCACUGCGGACGAUUUAUUUCGUCCAGAAACGACCUGGGCUCGAGCGUUGCGAGCUUUCCUUGGGUCCCAGCACGUCCACAUUCGAAGUCAGCAACUAAUGAUGUGCAACUACGUGGGCCUGGAAAAGCUGCCGCCCUUGUACCAGGCGGCCCAGGCGCUGCGAAGAAGCCAGACGCAACAAUCCUCUUCUGGCGUGGUAGCGCCUGCGCCCGUGAGAAGCCCAGAGGAGGCUGAGCGAAAACGCAAUCUGCAACGAGCCCUGGAUGGAUUGACGCCCGGGCUUCAAGAUGUUGAGAUGGCAGAAGGGCAGCAGCAUGACAUUUGCAACGUUGCAGAAAUCGCUUCGGCAUCCUUCGGGUACUUUUCCCUCACCGCAGCACCAAAGGACGUCACGGAGCAUGUGCGGCGAAUGCUCCAAAAUGGCAAGCUGUGCCUUCAGAACGUGAACCUUUGCCGUACAUUUGGAGUGGGUGGUGCGGCAGAUGGCUUCCGAAGGGUGGCGACGGGAAACACACGUACCUUGAGGAUCCGAUAUAGAAGCAAAGACACAAUGGCAAAAGAAGAUUUUUUGCCCAGAGUCACCGCCAUCUUGGAGAGGCUCCGGAGCAGUGGAUGGACGGAGGACGUACACAGCAACGACGGUGAGUAUACCUGGUACAAGCUCAACGAAUGGAUGCAAGUUGAAAUUUUGCAAAUUUUCGGCCAGAGUUUGGAAAGGGAGCCUUGGUACCGCUUCCCCUAUGUACAGUUCAUGAACGUCUACUUCGACGUCCUCUUUCAAGAGUCGAGCAUUGUGCAGCGAAAGCUUGGCUUGCAGAAGGCCUUCGGCAGCAUGGCAUUUGUGACGUCCCUGGUGCCUGGACUCAUCAUGACUUUCUUCUUUGCCCAGAUAAAGCUGCUUGCCACUCCAUUGCUUUCGAUGCCGAGCAGCUGGGGUUUUGGGGAGGGCUACGAUGAAGCGCAAGCCCGGGAGCAGCUGGUCGUGUUGCGUCCGAGAGAUGCGCCGAAUGUGGAUUGGAAGAAGCUUGACGAGCGGAUUGCAGACAUUGCUUGUCCUGUACAGGGCUUGUUCAUUAUGAAGGUGCCAACCUUCAAGGUCCUGACCGAUGUCUGCAAGAUCCUUGCGCAAGACGAGAACAUGACAGUGCUCGAGAUCUCCUCGCAGAAACUGGUGCAGGUUAAAGUUUCAGCCAGAUCUAACGACGCCAGUUUGAGCAGGGAUCUGUGCAACCUAGCCGGAUGCGAAAUUGUAGCGCAAUUUGCAUACCCAACCGAUGGUGUGCAAGGGCCACCUUCUACACAGUGGGCUCUUUCCGUGGAUGUGCCCUACUUGCUCACAACCAUACGAGCAUGUGAGCAGAGAGGAGUUUCCGUUGACCAGGUUUACGACUUCUACUGCUGA